CAGAUGAUGCUGUUGCUUCUGUGCCUAUUGUGUCUGAAGCUCGGUUAACGUCUGUGGCAGUACAAAGGCUUCAGCAGCUGAACCGGUGAACGUUUGCCCUGAGAUGCGUUCCGUGGACACACAGACAUCGAAAGAUGCCAGCCUCACGAGCGACACGGAUAGUAGCCCGGAUGAGAAGGGAGAGACGUCGAAGAUGAGAGACACACAAGGGUAUCAGCCUGAAACAGAGUGCAAGCAGGUCCAAACGCCAUGGGUUCGCAAGAUACGCCAGACACACGACAUCUUUAUUGAUGACGACGACCUCAGCUGCCCAAACUCCCCCGUCAACACACGCCUUAGCAUCAGUGCCGGCCCUGGAGAAACAGCCAAGUUCAUCUUUCCCGAGACGGCGAACACGGUCUACAACCAAACUGUACAUAAGCGUGAAGAGGAGGCCAAGCGUGCCAAGGCCCAACAGUUGAUGGUGGAGGUGGUACAACAGAGGAAGAACUUGACAGAACAGCCUUAUAGUCAGGCUGAACAGGACCUCAACUCUCCCUCCAUCAGUUCACUGGAGUCUGACAGUGACUUGACCAUCAACUCAGAUCAGCUUUCCCUGGAAGACGAUAGUCUGGAGGACGCCAUUCUAGCUCUGGGGCCAUUACAGAUAGCCCAACAAUCGGAGAUGACGACAACUUGGAGUAGAAAGUCAAGUGGUAUUACAUACGUUGGGAGUGAAUCUGGUGAAUCGCCUAAGGAAUACAGGGACAUUUACCCAGCACAAGGCUGUGUUGGAGGCACCGAUAAUGUUACAGACUCACCCCAACCUAAACCAAGGACUAGUGGACACAAGUAUGUCCACGAUAGUUCAUCGAAACACUCAUUAGCAGCACAAAUAGAACAGGAGGCAAUAUUUGAAGAGGAGGAAGCUGUGAGGAAAACAGAGGAGACCACACGACGAGCUCAGCAACUUUUAAAUCAGACUCAUGCACUUGGGUUCGCUCUUGCGCCUAUUGGGGAAUCACAAUCGCAUUCUGGCCUGAUGGAACGUAUACGGGAAGAAGUAAGGAACUCUGGGACAUCUGUUCCUGGUUCCAAGCCACCUUGUUCAACGAGUCCCGAAACGCCUGUCCCGAGACCUCGAAAAGAUCAUUCAGGAGGUUCUUCUAGCAAACGCAAGCAGGAUCCAUCAGAGCCAUCAGGAUCACCAGAUCACCAAGGUGCUUCAAACACAUCUCGUGCAGCUCCCAAGUCUUCCAAAGCACGUUCAAGUGACAACACGGCAGCAUUGUUGGAACGUGUGAGGGGAGAGCUCCAAAGAUUAGACUCUCAACAGUCGGACAGUGAUUCUGAAAUGCCUGAUGAUAUACCUUCACAUCAAACCCGUCGAUUAUAGGGCCAUCCUUACUCGCAAGAUUAUGUCCAAUACGAAGUCUUUCAAUUCAUCUGUAUAUAUUCAUUGAAACAUGUGUCAAGUAUAGCGGAUCAGAGUAUAUAUUAUAGUCAUACUCCACAGCCAUGACAAUCAGACUUGAUAUGUAAGGGAAAAUAGACUAUUGCGUCACCGAUGUGUUUCUUUUACGUACUCUAUCAUUAUUCGUCUUGUGUCUUUCUAAAGUGGCCAGUUAGUGUCUGACCUACCAAGGUAACUUGUGCCCAUACAUGCCAAGAUGCAGUUACAUUCCUGUAUAGAUGUCUGACAACAGGUAGUCGUACAGUGCGUGUUGAUCAUUGUCGUGUUAAAGAAUGCAUGUCCCACGUAACAGUGACUGGUGAUAUAGACAUUUAUGUUCCGAAUGAAGUUCGGUGGUGAUGUUUGAAUAAGAUGUGAUAGUGUUUUAGUUCAAGUGGUAAAUGGCUCACCAAUACUCACUGAAAGAUGAUGUGUGACGUUCGAAUGUAUCCCUUUUCAUAUGUACUUCCUAAGGUUCAAGGUCGACAUCUUCCGGUUCUUACAAAGAGAGAAGGACUCUUAAAAGUGCCAACAAAAACAAGGGUAUGUGUGCAUACCGAGUGGAGACAGAGUGACAAGUGCUUGGUUAUGUGUUUCACUCAACGAAACACUCCCAGCUACCUAAGACCAAUCCCAUAUGCUUAUAGUGCUUCUUUAAUUACAAAUAUCCAUAUGAAUCACGCUUCAGCGUUAUUUAUCUACGAGCUGUAACAGGGUUGUUGACCCACAGAGCUCAUGUUGUUUCCGUCUGGGAAGGACCACUCAGAAUGUUUGACCAAUGAAACAUAUUGUGUGAUAACUAUAUUGCGUUGUAAAUAACAUAUCCUGUGUGAUAAACAUGAAUUAUUUAUUUUGUCACAAAUGCAUUUGAUAAUGAACAAUAAACUAUUUUAAGGAA